UGCAGACUUUGUUAUAUCAAAGUGAGAAGACAGGUUUUGCUGUUUUCCAAAGAAAAGAAGCUAUAAAUCUGAGGAGUCAAAUUCUAUCUUAGCAGAGAAUAGAAUUUGAGAAGCUGCAGUUUCCCAUUUAGGCAAUGUGAACACAGGAGUCCACUGAAAGAAGGAAGAAGGUUGCUUUCAUUUUCACUGCUUUUCCUGUCCAGGGAGCCCAAGCAGCAAUGGCUGACAAGCUAUCUCAAGAAGAUCCUAUCAACAUGGUGAAGUCACUUGCAAAGAACUUCCUUGAUGGCAUUUUUGAUGAUUUGAUGGAAAAGAAUGUGUUAAAUGGAGAUGAGUUACGAAGAUUAGGAGAAGGAGUGAAACUCAUCGUGAACAGGACUGAAAGCCUAGUUGAUGAUGUCACUGAGAAAACUGAAAUGGCAGGCAAAAUAUUUGUGGACCGGCUCUUCAACACCAAGAAACAGCUGAGAUUAACUCAUCCUGAAAAUGAGGAUGAUGAGCCUGAGAACAGUGAAUCUUCUUCCUUGACAGAAUCUGAAAAUGAAAAUGAAGAAAAUGAAGAUGAGCAAAAAGCUGGAUCACUGCAGGCAUUGGCUGUCCCUCCAACAGAAUCUGGGAGUGAAAAUGAAGAUGCUAAACCUGGGAAGCAUGCUGGAUUGUGCCAGGCAUUGGUUCUACCUCUGACCGCUCCCCUGGAAACCCAGGCUUCCCAACCCAAUCAUAAGUUAAAGCUUUGUCCUCCUGAUCUUCUCCAUAGACUAAAGACAACAAAGGCAGAUGAGAUAUACCCAGUAAUGGAGAAGGAGGGCAGAACACGACUGGCCCUCAUCAUCUGCAACAAAGAGUUUGAUUAUCUUCAUAACCGAUAUGGUUCUGAAGUUGAUCUUUUGGGGAUGCAAGACCUACUUGAAAACCUUGGAUACUCAGUGGUUGUAAAAGUGAAUCUUACAGCUCUGGAAAUGGAAACAGAGCUCUUACAGUUUGCUGCCCGGAAAGAACACCAAUCAGCGGACAGUACAUUCUUGGUGUUUAUGUCUCACGGUGUCCUGGAAGGAAUCUGUGGGAUAAAGCACUCAGAACAAGAGCCAGAUAUACUUCACGAUGAUACAAUCUUCCAGAUUUUCAACAACCGUAACUGCCAGAGUCUAAGAGACAAACCCAAAGUCAUCAUCAUGCAAGCAUGCAGAGGCAGAGGUGAUGGGACCGUUUGGGUGACUGACAUGGGAAGAGCCCCUGCAUGUAGAUAUGACCAUACCUUUCAGUGUUACAUCUGGAGUGAUGCGGUUACAAAGACCCAUGUGGAGAAGGACUUCAUUGCCUUCAAAUCUUCAACUCCACAUAAUAGUUCUUGGAGGAUGGAUACAAAUGGCUCUCUCUUCAUUUACCAAGUUAUCCAAUACUUCAAAGAAUAUUCUUGGUGUCAUCAUUUGGAGGAGAUUUUUCGAAAGGUUCAACGUUCAUUUGAGAAACCAAGUGUGCUGGCUCAGAUGCCCACCAUUGAAAGAGUGUCCAUGACACGGUAUUUUUACCUCUUCCCUGGCAAUUAAAGCUAUUAUGAAACUUCUCAGGAAAAAAAAUGAAAGCAUUAAGGCCUCUACUUUUUUACUAAAGAAUUUAUUACUUUAAAAAGUGAUUUUUUUCUACUUAUUUUU